AUGAAUUCAAGUCCAACCAAAUUUGACACUCCAACAAAAAUGCAAUCUAAAAUAGAUCUUAAGAUGAGAAAAAGCGGAGUGCCAAUAGCUUUAAAAAGAUCUCCUUAAUUUCAGCUUUUUGAUUGCUUCAUGUUAACAUAUUUUCAUAUUCCAUCUUUUGCAGAGCAAAUUUUACAGUAUGAUGUAUUAAAAUAAUUUAAAUAUAGGAUUCUAUUAUUAAUGAAGAAGGUGUGACUUUGCUUUUGUAAAAGUUAUUUAUUUAAUUGAUAUAUUGCAAGAAAAAAGACACAUCAGCAUUAGAUGUUUAUUAAUUUAUGAAAGAUGAUUAUAAUACUAGAUUUAAAAGUGUUGAAGAGUUUUUAGUUAGAUUUUUUGAGAAAGUAGAUGAAUCAAUUUCAAAAUAUAGAACUAUGCUUAAUUAAUUUGUGGAAGAGCAUCCAAUAAGAGAAUUAUUUAUUGGUAAAUUUAUUAAAGGAAAUGAUGAAAAAACAUUUAAUUUGAUUAAGAUUGAUUUAGAUGAUGAAUCUUUUAUGGAAGGAUUAUAAAAGAAAUUUGAAUUAGAAGAUUGUUCAAUAAAAGAGUUACCAAAAAUUUUACAAUUUGAAAUAACAAGAAAAUCAAAUUUAUUAUUAAUGCCAACAAUAUAUUUAGAUUAAUUUAUGCAUUCUAAUAAAGGAACAAUUAAAUAACAUUAAUCAGAUAUUAAAGAAUUAACAAUGAAAAGAGAGGAAAUAGUUUAAAAAAUUAAAAAUAUUGAAAAUUAUUAAUAAACAUCAUAAAGUAUUCCUUAAAUCUUGUAAAUGACUAUUAAUAUUAUAUAAGAAUAAAGAGAAGAAUUGAUUGAUGGAGAUCCAGCAAUUGAGGGAUUUAUAUCAUUGAUUAUGGAUUCUAAUUAAGAAUUAGAAAAAUUGAAAGAGGAGCUUCAUAAAAUGGAUUAACAAAUUAAAUAAAUUAUGGGUAGUUUUAAUAAGAUAGAAUAUAAUUUACAUGCUGUUAUAAUUUAUGAUGGUGAUUAUGAAUGCGUUUAUAUUAAAAAUAAUGAAUAAUGUUUUUUUUUUGAAGAUGGAUUUGCAGAAGUAAGAAAGAAAUUUGAAAUAGAAAUUCAUUAUUCUCCAGAAACAAUUGUAUAUUUGGUUUAUCAAGAUAAAAAUCUUAAAAGUGAUUAUAGUUUUACAGGUGGAUAGGGAAAUCUUUUAGAUAUGGAUGAUAGAAAACCAUAUGAGUCUUUAAUUAGAAAAGAUCUUUAAUAAUAUGCUGUCUAAUUUAAUCAAAAAGUUGAUUAAGAAUUAUUAUUCUUGAAAUAAUAAUAAUAGGCAGAAGAAGUAUUUUAAUAAUAUCUGACAAGAUUGAAUAUUGUGAUUUAAUUAGUUUAGAAAAAAAACACUAUUUAAGUACCUCAUCUAAAUAAUUUUGCUACUUUCUUAUUUUAUUCUUAAAAAAAAAUUGAUGAUUAUGUAAAAUGGUAAAUAUUGGAUUGUAGUAUUAGAGAUGUUACUGGUUAAUCUAUCUAAGAUAUUAAGAAUAUGAAUGCAUUUGCUUAGAAAUUAAGUGUAUUACUACAAAAUUAACCAUAAAAGGCUCCAACUUAAUUAACUGUUAAUAAAAAAGAUAUGCAGAUCAUGUAAAUUAGAUUGACUGAUUAUGUUUAAUAUUAGUAAUGCACAAAAGUAUUAACCUAUUCUUUAGAAUGUAUUCUUUAAGAAAAGAAAUUAUUAGCUCUUAAUGCUAUUAGAUUUAUUUAUGAUAAUUGUUAAAAUAAUAUUAUUGCCCAUCUCAAUUAAGAAAUUUUAAAAGCUUUAAUGAUUCAUUUGUCUAUUUUAACAUUUAAAUUUCAUUAACAAUAAAAUUAUUGCUAAUUUUGGGAUCAUAUUUAAUGGAUUAUGGCUUAUUGGCCAUUUAUCAAUUAAUAAGAUUUAGUUCAUUAAUAAAUUUUUAUCAUAAUAAAAGACUUGAAGAAGAGAGCUAACAAAAAAGCCUUGAACUCUGAUUAAUAAAAAAUUUUUAAGAAAUUUAUAACAUCUGUAGAGGAUAAGAAACCUACAGAUAUCGGAAGCAAUUUUUUACUUAGAUAGGAUCCUGUAAUAAUUUAUAAUAUUCUUAGGUUUUAGAAGCAAUUGCUAUAAUUGAUUGGAAUUAAGAUCAUUAUUAUUGGAUACCAGAUAAAUCAGAAGAUAUAUCGUAACUUUUAUUGACAAAUACCUCAUUAAUCUAAUAGUAUCUUUAAUUAGAGUUUUAAUUUGUUAAAAACAUAAUGUAAUAACAAUAAACUUUUACUUAUGAGGAAAGGAUUAAAAUGAUGUUACACAGUUAAUUAUGA